AUGUCCCAGAGAGGGACCCUGAAGAAGUUCUUCGCGGAGAAGGGCAUAGGAUACAUUGCGCCUGACGAUGGCAGUGAAGAUGUGUUCAUUCAUUUCCAGUCCCUGAUAAACGGUGGUGAACCGGACAUGAUUCCGGGUGCCAAACUUAGCUAUGACCUGGAGAUCAACGACAGAAAUGGCAAGACCAAGGCCGUCAGGGUGAAGAUCGAGGUCCCCGGUGACCCGAACAACCAGUGGAAGGGCGGUGGCGGCGGCGGCGGCGGCGGCGGCGGCGGUGGCAAAGGAGGCUACGGGAAGAUGCCAGGCAAGAGAAGUCAUGGAGCAGGCCCUUAUGGUCAGUCCGGCGGGGGUGACUAUGGAAUGGGCAAUCUGGCAGCUGGCUAUGACAUGAACGCUGCCUACUGGGCUUCUUUGUACUCGCAGGCUACGCAGGCAAUGCAGGCUUCAGGUGGAGCUGGGAUGGGAGGCGGUGGCGACUAUGAUCAAGGAUACGGCGGCGGCGCCUACACCCAAGGAGGCUGGCAGGGUGGCGCGGGCAAAGGCAAUACCCAGGGGUGGUAA